GGCGCAUGCGCACUGACGAUGACAGCGCUGAAGAUGGCGGUGAUGCGGAAGACGGGAUUCGGCGACUACGCAACAUUAAUAUUCGCAGUUUUACUGUCACUGCAGAUCGUUUCUGUGAGCUGCGCAUCGGUACCGGCAGCUGGUGUGGCUCAGGUGACCGUAGGCAAUAAAAGCGAAACCAUCAUUAUAGAACCUGAUAAGAACACAUCAAGCAUCCAGAACGGCAGUCUUCAGAGGGAAUCGGUCGAGUUGAUGAAUGUGACGGCAGCUCCCGCUAUCAUCAGCACCAAAUCAGCAGACGCUCCUACCGUGCCACCUACGACUGCUGCCGCAGACCUGCACAAAACCACUCCAGACCAGCUCACAUCCACCAAACACAAACCAGCAGAGCCCACCACUACGCCUGCAAACAAGCCCACCACCGUCUCCACCCCCGCAGCUGACAAAACAGAGAGCACCUCAGAUUACAUGGCCGACCGCACGUCUCCAGGAGCAGACAUGGGCUUUGGAGACGACGAUGAUGAUGAUGAAGAUGGCGAAGAUGGUGAUAUUGAUGAAAACUUCAGUGACAUUAAGUCACCUCAAGACAGCGAGGGAGUGAAGAAAAACCAUUACUCCCCUGAAGAAAUAAAUGUUCAAAUCAAAGACACAACCAUCUACACCUCUCAGGAUGAAGACUCCCACUUCUUCUUUCAUCUGGUCAUCAUCGCCUUUCUGGUGGCCAUCGUGUACAUCACCUACCACAACAAGAGGAAGCUGAUGCUGCUGGCUCAGAGUCGCCGCUGGCGGGACGGUUUCUGCUCACGCGGGGUGGAGUAUCACCGGCUCGACCAGAACGUCAGCGAGGCCAUGCCUUCGCUCAAGAUGACCAACGAUUACAUCUUUUGAAGGAAUGCAAACAGCUGAUUGUCCACACAUGGUGUCUUAUUUAAUCAGGGGAGGAGAGAUUGUGCUUUAGUAAUUUGUUUGUGUGCACUCUUCAGAUGGUCUUGUUCACCUCUUCUAAUUCUUCUUCUUGUUCUUCGGUGUCUAUAAAAUCAGACGGUUUUGCUCUAAAUAUAAUCAUUCUUGAAGAAAAGCAAAUUAAGUUCUGUCCCUGUAAAUAUUUAAUUAUAAAGCUGCUGUCUGUCACAUAGGCCUAGAUCAAAAUACCGGUGAUUAUUGUGACUCCAUCACGUUUGUCUCUGUGUGCUGUGAAGGUGUGUUCAGCACAGCCAUGCUUCUCCAGUGCAGCGUUAAGCGUGUGUGUGUGUGUGUGUGUGUUUGCUUGCUCUGCAGUCUUUAUGUUUGGGUUAUGACUUCAGUGAAGUUGUUUUAUAUGAGCCGGCUCCACUGUUGCCAAAGCUUGGGAGAUUUAUGGGAAAUUAGCAACUGUUUUUGUUUCCUUUUUUUUUUUUAAUUUUCUUUUUUUAUUCACUGCAUGUGAGCGUUGCCCC